AUGUCUCAACUUUCAUCAGGAAUAUGUCGCCGUCUCAAUGAAGCUCCUCAAGAAGAGAUAGACCAGCUUGCUUCUGGGCAUACCGUUCAGCUGCUUUCUGUUAAGAAAGUAGGCCCCGACAUCAAGCUCGACCAUCCCCACCGACAGGCGAUGUUAGCUACCCAGCUAAAUGACCUCGUAACAACCGGAGAAAUUAACAAAAACACCGUGGUUAUCAUUGACAAGCUAGCCUGCAACUUCGUGCAGGACAAAAGAUUGAUCAUUAUCCUCGACCUCCAUGUUGUAUCACGAGACGAAGAGAAAAUCGGGAAUCCUACUGCCCCUCCUUCCACCCAGGACGCCCCUGCGCCAGCUGCGAGGCAGCCACAGGCUCGCACUGGCCCGUCCGGCAGAGGGGGCAGAUCUGUGUAUCCCAUUGAAGGUCUUAGUCCUUACCAGAACAAUUGGACCAUCAAAGCUCGAGUUACGCAAAAGUCUGAUAUUAGGACUUGGUCAAAUCAGCGCGGAGAGGGGAAACUUUUCAAUGUCACACUAAUGGAUGAAUCCGGCGAGAUUCGGGGCACCGGUUUCAAUGCAGUUGUCGACGAACUGUACGACAAGUUUGAGGAAGGCAAAGUCUAUUACAUCUCCAAAGCUCGGGUGAAUCUCGCAAAGAAGAAAUUCUCGAAUCUCCAGAACGAUUACGAGCUGAGUCUAGAGAAGAACACAGAAGUUGAAGAGCUUCGUACCAUUGUCCUCUCUGGAAGAAUUGCAGAAGGAUCAUACUUGUGUCUAUCGCUACUAGAUGUCAUUGGCGUUGUCAAAGAAGUUGGCCCCCUCAGCGAAAUCACAUCCAAGGCGUCGAACAGAACCAUUCCGAAACGUGAUUUGACCAUCGUCGAUACAUCGCAAUACUCUGUUCGCUUGACCUUGUGGGGCAAGCAAGCAGAACAGUACACGGCUGACGAUCUUCCUGUCAUUGCGUUUAAAGGCGUUAAAGUGGGAGAUUUUGGAGGUCGCACGCUCUCCAUGGUCAGCUCGAGUAUCAUGACAAUAUCGCCUGACAUUGAAGAGGCGCAUUUGCUGCGGGGAUGGUACGAUGGUAUUGGUACUGAGAAAACGUUCCAGUCGCACACAAGCUCCUUAUCUGGUACCUCCUUCGGCGGUUUCAAUCGCAAUGAGAUGAAGCAUCUUAGCGACGUUAAGGAGUCGCAACUUGGCAUGUCCGACAAGGCAGAGUUCUUUUCCACUCGUGCCACCAUUAUGCACAUCAAAAGCGAAAGCAUAUCUUAUCCCGCCUGUCCUACUCAAGGAUGUAACAAAAAGGUGGUUGAUGUAGGCGACGGCUGGAGGUGCGAAAAAUGUGACAAGACUUUCGAACGACCCGAAUAUCGGUACAUCAUGUCGAUGGCAGUGGCUGAUUGGUCGGGUCAGGCGUGGUUGCAGGGCUUCAACGAAGCUGGUCUGGUCGUUUUCGGGAAGACUGCAGACGAAGUUCAUGACAUCAAGGAGCGCAACGAAGCAGAGUACAACACUCUCAUGGCGCAAGCCAGUGGUAUCACAUUCAAUUUCAGUUGCCGUGCGAAGCAGGACACUUAUAACGAACAAACGCGUGUCCGCUACGGGAUAUCGAAAAUCACUCCUCUCGAUUAUCGUGAGGAAGCUAAGCACCUUGUUGACCUUCUCAAAUCUUCCUGGGCUCAGUGAUUCUUCUUUCGUCAACGUCUUUAUUUCGUGUACAUUAGGCUCUGUCUACUUUUACUUUCCGCUAUGAUAGAAAUACUGUAACAUUCGCCCAAUAGCUGAAAUGA